CGGACAUCAGAAGCAGAAUCGUUCAUUUGACAUGGAGGCUCUGGUGGACGACCUCGACCACACCUCCAUAUACUGGGCAGACAGCGAGGAGAGCGACGGAGAAGGAGGUCUCGGGAACCUGAACCGGCUGAUCGUGCGGCCGCCGGGGCACAGCGGGAAGGCGAAGCGCGGCCAUCUCUGUUUCGACGCGGCAUUCGAGUGCGGCAACCUGGGGCGGGCGGACCACGUGUCGGAGCUGGAGUACGACCUGUACGUCCGACCCGACACCUGCAGGCCGCGCUCCAGGUUCUGGUUCAACUUCACGGUGGAAAACGUCAAGCAGGACCAGAGAGUAAUCUUCAACAUAGUCAAUUUAGGUAAAGAGCAAAUUCUCUAUAACGAGGGAAUGACGCCAUUAAGAAUUCCGAAGCGACUCGUCUUCUUUCACCGGUCGUUGGCUCAUCACAAUCGCAAGAUACUGAGCGUGGCUUUUGGGUUCGACCGGGAAGAUGACGUGUACCAUUUUGCAGCAGCUCCGCCGUACUCUUAUUCGCGUCUCCAGAAGUACCUGUCGGCCUGGGAGAAGCGAGCGCAGAUGUUUGCAACCAGGGAGUGUAUCGCCCAAACUACGCAAAAAAGAAAAGUAGAUCUCAUAACAAUAGGUGAUUUGCAUCCGAAAGAGAAGGAUCUAAAAGAUGAUACCACGGCCAAAGGAAAAAUUAUUGAAAACAAGAAGAGACUGGUCAUGGUAUUUGCCAGGUCACACGGAGGAGAGUCGCCCGCUUCAUUUAUUUGCCAAGGUUUAAUGGAUUUUCUUGUCAGUUCGUCUGAAAAGGCGACAGCACUUCGUAAUGUAGUGGUUAUUCAGAUAGUGCCAAUGAUAAACCCGGAUGGAGUAUUUCUUGGCAACCAUCGGUCUGACCUCCUGGGCUCGGACCUCAACCGCUGCUGGAGCAGCACCACAGUGUUGGCUCAUCCAGCUAUAGUAGCCAUAAACCAACAUGUACAGAAGGUUAAGGCAGAAAAGACUCUACAGUUAGAUUUUAUAAUCGACAUUCAUGCUGACAUAAGCCACGAAGGUGUGUUUGUAAGAGGAAAUUCCUAUGACGAUGUGUACAGGUUCGAGCGUCACGCCGUGCUGCCGAAGUUCAUGGCGAUGCGUGUGGAGGCGUGGCAGGCGGAGCGGUGCCUGUACAACGCGGACGGCAACGUCGCCGGCUCCGCGCGCCGCACGCUGCCCGACGGCACGCUCGACGCGUACACGCUGCUCGCGUCUAUGGGCGGACGACGGAUAAACGGCGGCCAUUACAUGCACUAUACUGAGGAUUCCUAUAUGAAAAUAGGUCGUGCUUUGGGAAAAUCAUUAUGCGAUUACUAUAGACAUGUUGGUGUCAUACCACCUCGAGUUUCAAACGUGAAAAAGAGAGAACCGCGCAGGAGGAGACGACAUAAAAGAAGAGCAUACGAAAGAGAGAGGUCGCCUAGUUCGUCUCCUGAGCGACGGGUGCUAGCAGCGCGCGUGCUGUCGCCGCGUCUGCCCGCCGCGUCCCCGCCCGCGCCGCGCCCGCCCCGCCCCACACGCACAGCGCGGACGAGGCCGCUCGGACACACACACAGCGUACGGAUAGACGACACCUUACUACCCGCUAUUACCGGUAAAGCGGUAACUCCGAAGUUGGCGGUAGUGGACUUCAGUGCGUACAUCCGCGCGCCGGGUGCGUACGGCCGACACAUCCACACGCGCGGGCCGCAGCUGGCCCGCCCGCCACGCCCCACACACGCGCAGUACACCAGCGACGAUUAUGAUACUCAGGAAACUGAUUCUUAACUUUUAAAAUCCUAUUCAAUAUCUAAAUUCAUUGCA